AUGGGUUGUGGUGUGCUUACUACGUAUGCACAGGUGUCCAACAUUGCGGGAAUUCACGGCUUGCUCGUCUACGCCAUCACUGGUGCAGUCCCAAUUGUUCUAUUCUCGUACUUCGGCCCCAUGAUCAGAAAAAGAUGCCCUGACGGCUUUGUUCUUACCGAAUGGUGCCGGCAGCGUUUUGGAGUCAUCACCGCACUCUAUCUUUCUCUUUUCACUCUCUUGACCAUGUUUUUGUACAUGGUGUCGGAGCUCACUGCCAUUGACGAGGCCAUCAACGCUUUAACCGGCUUGGAUGCCACUCCUUGUGUCGUUGUUGAGUGUGUAGUGACCACAAUCUACACAUUUUUGGGUGGCUUCAAGGUGUCAUUUGCCACGGACUCGCUUCAGGCAGGUUUCGUGAUGGUGUUGCUUGUCGUUGGAGUUAUCGGAUACGCCACUAACGUCCACAUUGACCAGAAGAUUAAGCAGGAAACUGCCUCCCAGAUGUUGGAUGCCAACAAGUUGGGCUGGAUGCUUCUCUACAUUCUUUUCGUCGCCAUCUUGACCAAUGACGCGUUUCUCUCUGGUUUCUGGCUUCGUACUUUUGCCGCCAGGACCGACAGAGACUUACUUAUUGCAUGUUCGAUUGCCGCAUUCGUCUGUGCCUUGGUUUGCACCUUGGCCGGUCUUCCUGGCAUCUAUGCAGUGUGGACUGGCGUUCUAAAAGUUGGCGAUGAUGAAGGCUACAACGCAUUCUACAUUCUCUGCGCGAAAAUGCCAAACUGGGUGAUCGGUGUCGUGUUAAUCUUCGCAGUGGCACUUUCAACGUGCACGUUUGACUCUUUGCAGAGUGCAACAACAUCGUCGAUUUCCAACGAUCUCUUCAGAAACAAGGUUCCCAUCAUCUGGGCAAGAGCCAUCGUGAUUGUCAUCAUGGUUCCAUCCUUGGUUGUUGCCAUUAAGGCUUCUGCCAAUGUGCUCCAGAUCUACUUCAUUGCCGAUUUGGUCUCCUCGUCCAUCAUCCCAAUCAUGUUUCUUGGUCUCUGGAACAAGAUGUACUUUCUCCGGGGCAUCGAUGUCAUUGUUGGUGGACUAGGUGCACUUCUUGGUGUUUUCAUCUUUGGAACAAUCUACUAUGGCUCUGCCGAGGAAGGUGGAAAGUUGUUGCUUGUCUGGAAUGGUAUCUACUCUGCCAGCGACUGGGGUGGCUUUGGUGCCUUUGUCAUUGCUCCUUUUGCCGGUAUUUUGCUUGGUUUCAUUUCUGCCGCUGUUAGAAUCAGUAUUCUGUAUCUUUACGCAAAGCAGACCGGAAAGCCUUUUACUGCACUUGACAAGCCUUACAAAUUGGCCUUUGGUGUGGCUGUGGAGUCUGCUGAGAAUGGAGAUGAGGCAGAUGAUGAUUCUGGCGAGGAUGUGACCACUGAGCGGUUUGUUACUGAAGGAAAGAAGAUUUCUAAGGGGAAGAGGCUUCUUGAAUCUUUUAUCUGA